GAGAGCGGCGUCCGCAGAGAGAGCCCUGAGGCAGAAGACGCGGCGGCGGCGGCGGCGGCGGCGGCGGCGACGACGACGAUGCUGGAGACACUGCGUGAGCGGCUGCUGAGCGUGCAGCAGGAUUUCACCUCCGGGCUGAAGACUUUAAGUGACAAGUCGAGAGACGCUAAAGUAAAAAGCAAACCCAGGACUGUUCCGUAUUUGCCAAAGUACUCUGCUGGACUAGAAUUACUUAGCAGGUAUGAGGAUACAUGGGCUGCACUUCACAGAAGAGCCAAGGAAUGUGCAAGUGCUGGGGAGCUGGUGGAUAGUGAGGUGGUUAUGCUUUCAGCACACUGGGAGAAAAAGAAGACAAGCCUGGCAGAGUUACAGGAGCAGCUGCAGCAACUUCCAGGUUUAAUUGCAGAUUUAGAAUCCAUGACAGCAAAUCUGACUCAUUUAGAGGCUAGUUUUGAGGAGAUAGAAAACCAUCUAUUGCAUCUGGAGGAUUUAUGUGGGCAGUGUGAAUUAGAAAGAUACAAACAUAUGCAGUCCCAACAACUGGAAAAUUACAAGAAAAAUAAGAGAACGUUGGGGAUGAAGGGGCAAAAGAGGCUUGGCAGAUGUUGGGCACACAGACCUAGCUUUCUUGCUCCUGGAACAAAAGAAACCAAUGGCAUUCUCCAAGGUGAAGAUGGCUCGGGGACCAAAAGAGAAUGUGCAGAGCCUCUUAUCCAAAGCAGACAGGAAGAAAGGACGGAACUUGAAACCUUCAAAGCUGAACUAGAUGCAGAGCACACCCAAAAGGUCCUGGAAAUGGAGCACACCCAGCAAAUGAAGCUGAAGGAGCGGCAGAAGUUUUUUGAGGAAGCCUUCCAGCAGGACAUGGAACAGUACCUCUCCACAGGUUACCUGCAGAUAGCUGAGAGGCGAGAGCCCAUGGGCAGCCUGUCGUCCAUGGAGGUGAACGUCGACAUGCUGGAGCAGAUGGACCUGGGCGACCUCUCAGACCAGGAGGCCCUGGACGUCUUUUUGAACUCGGGGGGAGAAGAGAACACCGUGCUCUCCCCUGGGCUGGGACCUGAGCCUGAAUUCAGUACCUGCCAGAAUGAAAUUACACUUCAGGUUCCAAGUCCCUCAGAAUUACAAACUCGGCCACCUUCAUUAUCACCCGCCGGCACCGAGUCGCCCCCUCAGGGCACCACCAGUGGAGGGGGGGCAUCGCCCCUCGUGCAGUCUGACGAGGAGGAAGUGCAGGUGGACACGGCCCUUGCCACUUCCAGCGCUGACGGGAAGGUCACUUCCGAUGUCAGUGAUGACAGCGACUGUUAAAGGCUUCUGCUCUGACCAAGGUCAGCUGUGUGCAGAAUCCACCUAUGUCAGCAGGCUGCUCCAUGGAGGUUCUUGAUUUUUACAAAAUUGCCUGUGUUUGAGAAACUGACUCAAGGUGAAGCAAACAAUAAAGUUUCAGCACUUUAAGCAUCGACAGUACAGAGCCCGUUUGUGCCACCCCUUCUCAUCCUCAGUGACAAAGCCACCGGCCCACCUGGCAGGUAGGAAAAGUUACUUUCCUUGAAGAUUUAACUGGUUGUGGUCAAACUCAGCUGUAACAAGGCUUGGUUUUUCAUUCAUCUGAUCAUUACAGCAUUCACAGUCCACCAACCAAGAGUCCAAACCCCAAAUCCUAUUAGACACACCAGGGCCCAGAGGGCAGAAAUAAGCCUAAUGCCAGAGCUGUAUCCCGCUCCUCCUACAAGGAGAAACUGACCAUGCUGAGCCCUUCUCCUUGCCACCACGCACAGCCCUCACCCCCAGGGCACCAGGACAGCCUAGUGCCUGCUGCCUGAGUCAGAACACUGCCAGCUGACUGAAAGCUAAGCAAGCAGGACGAAGAGGUGUUCCAUUCGCUCCACUCCCUGGGGGGGAAGGAGGCCCCCCUCAGCCCAUUUUCAGAAAAGAAAGAGCUCAUUUUAUCGACUCAUCUUCCACAAGACAGACAAAUGUCCAAAAAUUUUGUUUUUAUUAUUAAAACCUUGUAGUACAAACCUGAAAAGUAAACAAAAAACUGGCAACAAACAACAUGAAGUCCUCCCUCAUGCGGGAGGGGUGCAGAGCAGCGCUAAUAAAUUAAACGUCCAACUGUAAGCCAUAGGCAGAAGGCAGAAGUUCACUGUCAAAGAGGGGAAAGUACACAGCAAGGCCAUAAAAACCGGACAACCACAUUGGAAAACACUUGACUCUGUUUGUUAUUGUUAAAUAUUCCAAAACAGUUCAGUCUUCUGCAACAACAACCAACAAACUGCAUCAUAGGACUUUCCUGACAGUCACCACUGGCGAGCUCAGUGCAAUCGGGGUAGCUACAAAACUGAUGACUCAAUUAUGAAACAAAGGACAGUUUGUGAAACAUUUUCCCUUUUUUAUUCCACACAUACUGUACAUACAACCGGAGAAGGGCAACAGCUACUCCAUUAUUAUUAUUUUUUGUUGUUGUUCAGUGAUGUAAGCAGCACUUAUAAAUGUUACAAGAAAAACCCUGUAAGCAUCCAAUCCAACCGAUGAAGAAACUGAAAUGUAAGGCUUUUCUUCAUCUUGUCUUUCAUCACCCCCUCCCCACCCCACCCUCACCAGAAAAAGGCUCAAGUAUUAAAAACAAUUACAGGCAUAUGUUACAAAAGGGAUGGGAUUUCUUUUUUUUUUCCUUUUUGUUACAACACGAAGAGAAAAACCAGACAAGAUGAGCGCAAAUGCAUUUUCCACAUUCAAAAAGAACUUGCAGACCUCCCAGUGGCUCUAAAUGUGACCAUAAAUGAAACAAAUUUCAAAAGAAAAAGAUUAAUGCUGACUUGUGAAGGUGUAAAACAACAGCAGUGAGAUGGAGAUGGAAUGUUAGAAAGAUUGCACAUCCAUGACAAAGAAGCACUUACGGCUUCAAUCACUUUUUUCCUUUUUUUUUUUUUUCUCCUAAGGAUGCUAUUGAAGGGUUUUUUGAUAAAGUAGCCAACAGCACCAAAAAAUAACAGGAUGGAUUUCCUAAUGAAAUCAGGCACAGUUUUCCCUCACGUGACCCCUCCACGGCAGGCAGUCUCUUUUCCUUCUCUCUCAUCCUUUUUUCCUUAAAACAGAUGCAUAGUGAUGUGCUGGUAAGAGAACCGAGUCACUCGAAUCUCCGCGUUUUGCCUACGGUUAGGAAACACCGCCUGCCUUCAGCUGCCAUAAGCGCCCAAAGCAACAAAAUGGGGGCUCUCCGGUUUUAAAUAUUACAGACUCAUCUUGCACAUGACAGAGAAAAAGACAGCCCAAGUAAAGCCAUUUCUUUUCAAGUUUUUGUGUGUGUAUCUCCUCUCCCUUGUCCUGUCUAGAAAAUCUGCUGACAUGACUGAUGGUUUUAUAAGUUGUUCUCCAAGCUUCACCCUCUUCAAAAAUGGGUUAAAAAGCCUUUUCCCCAACAGUUACAAAAAAAAAAAAAAAAAAAUCAAAAAGGCUUUUGUCAGCCUUGGGGUGAUACAAAUUAA